AUGCUGACUGCGAGGUUAUCUUAGGCACAUAUAAAACUUGAGGCGUAUGGCUUUGCGAUCGUCGACGCCUCCAAGGCGCUCGAGCUCGAUCCUAACUACACCAAGGUUUGUCUAUGUUGGCUGGGUGUGUCGCCAUCCUGCUAACCUGUCUAGGCUUACUGGAGACGAGCCCUUGCGAACUCCGCUAUUCUGCACUACAAGGACGCUCUGAGAGAUUUCAAGGCCGUAAUCAAGAGGGAACCUCACAAUCGCGA